UUGGUUCAAAAAGCGAGCUGCGAUGACUUGUAUUCCUCACCACCAGAAACGGCUAGGGAGCCAAGAUGGAUCACACUGUUCCAGCUUCGUAACCCUCUAUAACGUUUACGCUAAACCUUGGGGGAGGGUGCUCUCGCUGAACUAUUCGACUUAUGCCGAAACAUAAGACAUCGGAGUUCACUCGCUCAGAGAGGUUUACAAACCUGCAAAGAAAAUAGCUGGAAGACGAUCGGAGCGGUCAUAUACAUUAAUAGCUAGACUGUGAUAGUCUAGUUUGCGCGUUUAAUAAAAUAUGCUGAUCUUCAACAGAGGAAUUUCGUGGUACCUGUGUGUAUGAAGAUGAUGAAUCCUCAUGUGUGGUUACUCUGCAUGUCCGUGAUUUGGAAGGAGAGACUACCCAGUGAGAAGCCCAGCCCGUUCCCCUGCGACUGCUGAACAGGACCUGUGAGCAGGUCUGGACGGCAGCUUGGCAGGGUGGAGCUUCCUGACCCAUGGAGAAUUACUUUCAGGCAGAAGCCUUCAACCUCGACAAGGUGCUGGACGAGUUCGAGCAGAACCAAGAUGAGACGGACACCCCGACUCUCUCGGACGCGAAGUGGACCCAGAUCUUGGCGCCGCCGACCCACCUCCUGUCCCUGAACCCGGCCCUGACGCAAGCGGACCUGAGCCCGCACGAGCCCCCGCUCCACUUCAAACCCUUCCUGCCGGAGAGCCCCGGCGGGACGGGGAAGGAGCGCGCCCCCGCCGACGCCGCCCCGGCUCUCCGCAGCCCCCUGUCCCCCCAGCCCAACAUCGGCAAGCUGGUGAGCGGCAGCGGACGGAGCUCUCCCCCCUGCCCCGGGCGGACCCUGCUCAGGGGGGGCUCCGACAGCCCCCCUCCCCCCGCCCUGGAGAACGGCGGCCCCCCCAGCCCCGACCUCAACGGCUGCGCCCCCGUUAACGAGCCCCCCGGCGACAGCGGGACCCCCCGGGAGGAGUCUCUCACCAACCAAACCGGGGCCCCCGACCGCUGCCCCAAUGCCUCCUGGGAAGAGACGGGCGGUUCCGCGGAGCAGGCGGAAUCCCCUUCUGGAGGUCCGCGCCGUUCCCUCCAAGAGGAGGAGAGGGACGUCUCCGUGACGGAAUCGGGCUCCGUGGAGCCCGCUGAGUUCAGCGGUGUUGCCGGGUCUCCUACGGGACAGCAGGAUACAGAAGUGCCCGGCCCAGCCUGUGGCUCUGGGCCUGGAGCGAGAGACGCUACAGAAACAGCGCUCUGUGGGGAGAGCCCCGCUUCUCACGCCAAAGCUAAUUCGGAGAGCGUUUCCAACGGCGGGAUUAUGGGCCGGAGCGAGGGGGACCUUCCGCCUGGGGAGGGCCGCUCCGAAUCCGGGUGGGAGCAGCAGGAGGGAGACGGAAACGACGGAGGGGAGGGACAAGAGGGAACUUUCUCGGUCCACUCGCCCCAUCCGGAGGGCUCCCUCUCUAACGGCGUGGACGCGGAGGAGCGGUCGCCCCAGACGCCCUCGUCGAAGGAGGACUUUGUGACGGAGGAGAAGGAGGUGGAGGAGAGCAAGCAGGAGAGCGGCGACCCGGCGCAGCGGCUGAACAACAGCGGCCUGCAGCCCGUCAGCGUGCCGUUCGGCGGGGCCCGGCCCAAACAGCCCGUCAGCCUGAAGCUGCAGAUCCCGCGGCCGCUGUCCGGCCAGGUCCAGAACCAGCUGGGCGCCUUCAAGAACAAGAACCUGGAGGCCCAGAACCGGGCCUGCGGCAACGGCAGCCGGGAGGGCGCGGGCGGGGCCGGGGCGAACGGAGAAGGCGCGGGCGGUUUCGACCCCGGGGGAGGAGGGUCCCUCGCCUCCCCCACCGGCCUGCACCCGCCCCCGGAGAGCCCCGACAACGACCUGCAGGCGGGGGCCACGUCCAAAAAGCCCCUGAACACCCUGGGGGAGGUGGCCCCCGUCUGGGUCCCAGACUCUCAGGCCCCCGUCUGCAUGAAGUGCGAGGUCAAGUUCACCUUCACCAAGAGGAGGCACCACUGUCGGGCCUGUGGGAAGGUGUUCUGCGCGGCCUGCUGUAGUCUGAAAUGCAGGCUGAUGUACAUGGACAGGAAGGAGGCCCGCGUGUGCAUCACCUGCCACUCGGCUCUAAUGAGCGCUCGUUCGUGGGAGAACAUGGUGAGCGGCUGCAACCAAAGCCCGAACCCAAACAACCCGGCGGAGUACUGCUCCACCGUCCCGCCCCUGCAGCAGGCUCAGGCCUCCGGGGCGCUCAGCUCGCCCCCGCCCACCGUCAUGGUGCCCGUCGGCGUCCUCAAGCACCCCGGCAACGAAGGGUCGUUGCCGCGGGAACAGCGGAGGGUGUGGUUUGCGGACGGUAUCUUGCCCAACGGCGAAGUAGCCGACUCCUCUGACCUACCCGACAUCGGCCCCGACCCCCUCGGAGAUCCAGCGGCACCACAAGAAUGUGGCAAACCUGCUUCGGCCAACAUGUCAGAGGCGGCCCCUGCGCCCUCUGCCCAGGGUUCGGGGGCUCCGAUGGGCAGCCCCGUGGGAAGCUCGGUCAACCUCAUCCCCAAAGACGGGCUCCCACCCAUCCUUAUCUCCACUGGCAUCAAAGGAGGUACGGGGAGCCAGCUCACAGACUACGCGGUGGAGGAGAGGCCCUCUGAGAUCGUGCUGAUGCAGCAGCUGGAGGAGGGCGGUCCUGACCCCCUGGUCUUCGUCCUCAACGCCAACCUGCUGGCCAUGGUCAAGCUGGUGAACUACGUAAACAGGAAGUGCUGGUGCGUGACGACGAAGGGCAUGCACGCGGUGGGGCAGGCGGAGGUGGUGGUGCUGCUGCAGUGCCUGCCGGACGAGAAGAGCAUCCCCACGGACGUCUUCAGCCACCUCGUGCAGCUCUACCAGGAGGCCCUGACCGGGAACGUGGUGAGCCACCUGGGACACUCCUUCUUCAGCCAGAGCUUCCUGGGGAGCAAGGAGCACGGCGGCUUCCUGUACAUCAGCCCCAGCUUCCAGUCCCUGCAGGACCUGCUGCUGCCCAACCCGCCCUACCUCUUCGGCAUCCUGGUGCAGAAGUGGGAGACCCCCUGGGCCAAGGUCUUCCCCCUGCGCCUUAUGCUGCGGCUGGGGGCUGAGUACAGAUUCUAUCCCUGCCCACUGUUCAGCGUGCGAUUCAGGAAGCCCCUCUUCGGAGAGACCGGCCACACCAUCAUGAACCUUCUGGCGGAUUUCCGGAACUACCAGUACACGUUACCCAUGGUGACGGGACUAGUGGUGGACAUGGAGGUGCGGAAGACCUGCAUCAAGAUCCCCAGUAACCGCUACAACGAGAUGAUGAAGGCCAUGAACAAGUCUAACGAGCACGUGCUGGCGGUGGGGGCCUGCUUCAACGACCACGCCGACUCCCACCUGGUCUGCGUGCAGAACGACGACGGAAACUACCAGACUCAGGCCAUCAGUAUCCACAACCAGCCCCGCAAAGUUACAGGCGCCUGCUUCUUCGUGUUCAGUGGAGCGUUAAAAGCCUCAUCAGGAUACCUGGCCAAGACUAGCAUUGUGGAAGACGGAGUGAUGGUGCAGAUCACGGCAGAGACGAUGGACUCUUUGCGGCAGGCCUUGCGGGAGAUGAAGGACUUCACCAUCGUCUGUGGGAAAGCCAACCAGGAGGACAGCCAGGAACAGGUCCAGAUCCAGUGGCUGGAGGACGACCGCAAUUUCAACAGGGGGGUCAUCAGUCCCAUUGAUGGAAAGUCCAUGGAGUCCAUCACCAGCAUUAAGAUCUUCCACGGCUCAGAGUUCAAGGCAAACGGGAAGGUCAUUCGCUGGACAGAGGUGUUCUUCCUCCAGAGCGAGGACCAGCCCAGCGGCCUGAGCGACCCGGCGGACCACAGCCGCCUGACGGAGAACGUGGCGAGGGCGUUCUGCGUGGCGCUCUGCCCGCAGCUCAAGCUGCUGAAGGAGGACGGCAUGGCCAAGCUGGGGCUGCGUGUCACGCUGGACUCCGACCAGGUGGGGUACCUGGCGGGCAGCAACGGGGAGCCCCUGCUUCCCCAGUACAUGAAGGAGCUGGACAGUGCCCUGGUGCCCGUCAUCCACGGAGGGGCCUGCCAGCUCAGCGAGGGGCCUGUGGUGAUGGAGCUCAUCUUCUACAUCCUGGAGAACCUCUCCUAACCCCCCCUCCCACCCUCUCUCCGCCUCAUCCCACCAGCUCGCUCACUUGCACUUCCUAGAGCCUAAAAGCUGUGGCAGAAAAGCUCUUCUCCGGGUCCUUCUAUGCACCGCGUCCAUCUUCCUGACGGGCUGGGGAAGGAGGGGGGGAGGGGCAGCGGGGUUGGGCAGCGGGUGUCGGGGACCCCCCGGGUCUUCCUCCGAGACUGAGACCCUUCCUCCCUCAGCCGCUCACCCCACCGGGCUUCCACACGACAACGCUAAGCCUCAGUGCGCCCCCCCGGGGUCUCCGUUCACAAUACUCCACCGGAGGGCCCAGCGGCCUGCUACUACGCUGGUUAAGAAUCGAGGGGCCGAAUGCUGUUGGCGUGCAUCGCUGUAGCACCCAGGGGUUGACGUGCUGUGAGCCCUAUAGCUGCUUCAAGGGACAGUCUGUUACCAAGAGGACUUCUAAUUCUAUGGUUAAGGCAAACAAGAAAAUAAUUAUUUGUUUCAUUUCUGGUGCUCCGUGCCUGGUAGUCCAGGCUUUUCCGGCUGUUUUCCUGGCUUUGUUAUCGAAUCGUUGAAAGGCUUUACUUAGCGGGGGCGAGUGGGAUUCCUUUCCAGGCAGUGCAUCGGCCCCAUAGCCUGUCCCACCCACACACGGCCCCCGGACACUGGGCCUGGAGCAUGAGCUCUGCAGCCCAAGGACUGCCUGACGGAAGGAACCCCUUCAGGAGCUCAGCGUAAGCAUGCGCACAUCGGGAGUUACUGUUACAGAUUUAGGUCACGUUUUGAACCCGCGGUUCGCAUCCGGCGGCUGUGCUUGGCCGCACCCACCGCCGUCGGUCACGGUCGACGGACGCGACGGUCUGCCUCAGGACACCUCUUCUCUGAAACUGAAGUUGCGGGGGAAGAAGGUGUCGGCGUGUCCGUCUGCCUCCGAGAGCAUCGGAGCAGUGGGCCGCUGAACGCUGUUUUAAAGCGAUCUGCAUGGCUGACGCUACAGAACCUUCCUCCCCAGAGCCUCGUCGUGGGCCCUGUUCUCAGCCGCUCCCAGCCCAGUGCUGGCUUUCCUUCCGGUGUGGGACUUCAGACCCACUACGAGUCAGGAACUCGGGUCCCAGCACUUAAUAUUUAAACAACGCAAAACUCGAGCGGAGGAACCGGAACAAAGAAUAUAAUGUGGUUUUGUUGGAUUAAAGGGGGUGGGGAAACUAUAAGGAAAAAAAAAAAAAGAGGUGGUGGAGAUUGAAGGCUUAUUUCUGCAGUGGGUUUGAUUGUGUUGGGAGAGUUUGUUCAUUAGCGGGGGUCUCCCUCCAUUGCAGCAGGGACACGCCCUCACAGGCAUUAAAAAAAAAUCAGGCUUCAUCAGUGCUCUUCACCCUGCUGUUUCUGGAAGCGCUUGUCUGGCCUUCCUGUUGUCGUAAAAAUCUCCACAAUCACACGUUUGGCAAACCUUUCAAAUCUCACACCAGGCCUUUUGUCCUCGCACAGGGCUAACUACUAUUGGGUUCUGUAAGAGGUCAGUGUAAAUGUGCUAAGAGGCAAACAUGUCAGGGAGAAAACAGAGGGGGACUUGGGUUGGCACUGGUGGCAGCCAUUCUUGUCAAACACCCCGAAUAGAUUGAUGACACUACUUACCAUUGAUAAACCGUAAAUAUAUCCUGCACAAACCAUGCAAAGUCAUUUUUUAAGCUUCAGUGAAGUUUAAGGUAGGUAAAUGCUGCUGCCCGUGUAGUCGUUUAAAUUGCAAUCAGCAAUCAGCCAGAAACGUAUCCUGGACGUAGAAUGUUGGUGGACGGAGUCAAACUACCACAGAUAUUUGAGUAGGCACCUUUACAUUAGCCACUAGCUGCUGCUGAGUGGCAGCUAAGUUUAUCAUUAUCAUUGCACCAUUCAGUGGACCUGCUUUACCAGGACACCUACAAGUGAAUGUAUUUGUUUCAGGAAUGACUCAAUCAAAAGAUAAUUGCAAUCAGCAUUAUUCAAUUUGAAUACAAAAAAAAAAUCAAAAGGGAACAAAAUAUGCAAGCAAAUGAACAAACCAAUUCAGUUUAGGUUUUUCCCAGGGAAAGGAAAUCGAAAGAGAGAAGGCAAGAGGCAAGUCUAACAGAAGGCAGUGUGUGUGAAGAGAGGAAAGCUAGUUGACUACUGGUCCUGACGACUUUGUUACACGCAACACAAACCGACAGACUGUGCUCUCCUUGAGAUUUGGACCUGCUUGUGCCUGGUCUCGGCUGUUACGCACACAGUACUGUGAUUUAGGGGCCUGGAAACAUCACCCUAUGGGAAUCUCCCCUAAUCUCUGGGUUUGGGAGG